CCUUAACGCCGCCCGCCUGAAUAGCAAUCAUCGUGUGACACUGUGACUGAGUGAGCGACGAGCGAAGGGUACAAGCAAGAUGGUGCUGACGGCGCCCCCCCAGACGUACCAGACGCUGACUGAUAUCGGCGUUAAGAAGAGCCACCUGCGCUCCGACCAGCUCAUCCUCCAGGGCUUCAUGGCCGGCAUCUACAUCGGAUUCGGUGGACACGUCGCUAUCAUAUUCGCGUAAGUCGGUGGCGUGGGCGAGCACACGGGAAGACGGAAACACACCAACCACUCAUUCCGAUGCGUUCGUUCAGUGGUGGGAUGAACCCGGGCACGUCGGAGGGCGUGCGGAAGUUCGUGCUGGCGGCGAUGUUUCCGACUGGCCUGAUAGCGGUCAUCCUGACGGGCGCGGAGCUGUUCACGGGCAACACCAUGACCAUGUUUAGCGCCUAUCUGGCCAAACGGGUCCCACUCAAGGAGGUCGGCAGGAACUGGGGCGUCUCCUGCCUCGGUAAGUUAGUGCGUCAGUCACCUGACUGACUGACACGCCACACAUAUAUACUAGGUGUCCGUGUGGAGAUCUCGAUGUGUGUGUGUGUGUGCGCGCGCGCGUGUGUGUGUUUGGUUGGUCAACAGGCAACCUGAUUGGGUGUAUGUUUGCGGCGGCGUUCUUGUCCUACUUCACGGAUCUGUUUCAAGGCGACACCAAGGACUACAUCAUUGGCUUGGCCGUGAAGAAGGUGUCGAUGGACUGGUACGUGGCCUUCCUUAAGGCCAUCGGGUGCAACACCCUCGUCUGCCUCGCCGUCUGGCAGGUAUGUGCCUGUGGAUGGAUGGACACACGCACAUGCCUUCUCCCGCCCAGCCACCCACCUCACGUGGGGUGUGUCUCUGUGUGUGUGUGUGUGUGUGUGUAUGGUGAGUGCAGGCUGUCGCGGCAGACGAUGCGGCCGGCAAGGCCAUCGUGAUAUGGUUUCCCAUCGCCACCUUUGUUCUCAGCGGCUUCGAGCACUCCGUCGCCAACAUGUACUUCAUACCUGUCGGUGAGCCACACACACACACACAACCCACGCACAGACACCUCAUGUGCCGUUUGUUUGUUGGUUCUCUCUCCGGUAUCUAUUUCUCUUUCAGGGAUGAUGUACGGUGCUAAAAUCGCAGUGUGGGAGUGCAUCGUUUACAACUGGAUCCCCGUGCUUCUCGGCAACGUGGUGGGAGGGGUGCUGUUCCAGGGCGCCGUCUACUGGUACGAGUACCACCCGCGGUCGCAGCGAUUCGACCUCGACGCAUGCACCGACACCCAGCUGAUACACCAGCUCAGGAAACGACUCUCGCACGAACACCUGGUAAACAAAACAGACCCACGCAGCGCAGCGCAGCAACCCACUCACUGGCUGACUCACCCACACACACAGACGGGAGACGAGCCGACAGGCGACACAGCGGCUGACAGCCCCAAGACGGGCACCAACACAGGCGUCAUCGUGCGAGAGACCACCCCGGCUACCAUGCACAACUCCCAGGCCCCCCUUACCACUGUGACGGUGGUACAAGACGGCCGCCAGACCACGAUGGGCGAGGAGAACUGCGGCACGGGCGGCGUCGGCAGCGAUCUCGAGGUCGCUGGAACCGUGCCCGUCGGCAAGACCGACGUCGGUUCACACCUCGCCAGACCGGUGAGCUGAGCUGAGCUGAGCUGCCUGACCCCCCACACGUCCGUCCACGUCUGUGUACUGUCCAUCUGUAUGUAUGUCACUCGCUUUUGCAGCCGAGCGACGCCACGACUUCCCGCCGCAUGAACCUGUCGUUCCCCAAGGCGGCGACCGACUCGUCGUUCCAGCUGCCCGAGGAUGACCCCAGCAACCGGUCUGGUGGGGGCGUCGCCGACCCCUCCCGGCCCCUACUCGUGCCCUCGGAGCACGGCGACGCCGGCUCGGCGGAGGAGCUGGUGCGCGGCUCGCAGAUGCAGCAGCGCGGCCGCGAUGCCACGGACAAGUCCGAGUGCGGCGCGUCGAGCAGCGCCACCGAGAUCAUCGACCACAUCCGUGCGAUGCAUUUGGACAAGGGCGAGGCGCAGGAGGUGGUGGCGAGGGAGGUGAGCCUGGAGGCGCGCGACGCUGAGAAGAUGGUCAAGGUCGCACGCAAGUAUGUGUGACCUCACCGACACACCGUGGGGCCGUGCCGUGGGGCCGUGCCGUGGGGCGGAUGGGAUGGCAGGCAGUAAUUCGCUGAAGGUCUGGUGGGGGUUAGGUUGUCUGGGGCACCACGGGGGUGGGCUGGCUGCGUUUUGUUUCAUUGUAUGUAUGGGGGUGGGUGCCUGGGAAGAAUGAAUGAUGGAUCGUCGAGUGCUUUUGAAGGUGAAGGAGGAAGACCUGACAGAUGACGAUCCGCCCGCCAUUAUCCUUUGAACGAACAGAGAGCGGGGGCUGUGCGUGCUGUAUGAGGGAGGACAGUCAAUUGCUCGAUGAUGGCUUUUGUGCCUGGGUGCUGGGUUGGGAUGGAUGGCCGCUUACGUGCGUGAGUGCAUGGUGUCGAGCGGGUGCAUUUAAGUGUGUGUGUGUGUGUGUUCGCGUGUGAGUGAGUGCCACCCACAUACCUACCCAAACACACACAUACAUGUAGAUGUCAUCUGAUUUGGUGUGAUGUGAUGCCACCCGAACAGUGCAGCCGGCCAGCAGGGCCCUGUGCGUGCGGUGCGGUGAAGAGAGACGAACGAGGUGGGGCGGUGGGCGAUUUUGGGUCUGUGCGCUGGAUGGAUGGAUGGAUGCAUUUUGGCCCUCCGUUCUUUGUGUACACGCGUCUUUGUAAGAAUGAAUGAACCUCAAACCCUCUUUUUUGUAAGCGACGAGCCAGCAAGCCAGUUGGCGUAUACAAAAUACAAGUGACACCUGUGUGCUGGUCUGUCUCGUGAUCGCUUCCUUCGGCUGUUGCAGCUGUUGGGUAAAGCUGGAGAGCCCCACAUCGCCUGGGGGCUACUUUGGCUGAGCUGGCGGAGGCAGCAGCUGGAAGGAGCGACACGCAAGACCAACACGUGCACACACACACACAGACAGCGAAUUCAUCUGUGCGUCCAUGUGUGAUAGAGACAGAUAGAUAGCCGAGGGCAAAGGGCCCCAUGCGGUGAGGAUGAUGAUGAUGAUGUUGAUGGCCGGCCGUUCAUCUGCCCACGUUCAUACCCACACAAAUGUAGCCACACGUACACACUGACUGACUGACUGACUUCCAUUGCUCUUUCCCACCCUCGCUCUACUCGCUCUACUUGCUCUCUCUGCUCAAUCUAACCUGCUCGCUUGGUGUUUGUGUAGUGUCCAUCCAUUUAUAUGUGCCUUUCUGUCGAUAUGAUGAUUGAUACACAAACCCACUCACUCACACGUACACAUCCACACUCGCCUGUACCUACCUACCUACCUACAUACAUACCCACACUACAUGAAUAAAUAAAGGGUGUCCAGAGGAGUGGAGUGGAUGACUGAACGACCGUCCCCUGCCGUGUGUUGUGUUGUGUUGUUAUUGCUCCUCGUUCCCUCUUCCUUCUUGCACUCCCUCCCUCUCUUUUUGUUUCUCUCUACCUACCGUACAAUGGAUGGGUGGCAUUGCCACGAGUGAAUGCACGUGCGUGGCGCGAGCGAGACUGAAAUGAAUGACUGAAGGUCGCCGUCCAUUUUUGUGUAUGUGGUGUGGUGUGGUGUGGUGUGGUGUUUGCCAUUCAGACAAUCUGGCGGCGCUGCGUAGGUGUGUAGCUUAGCUGGGGGGCUGAGCGGACGGACGGACGGACGUAGUGGACCACCUACACACACAGUGGACCACACACACUCACACCCACCCACCCCACAGCACACACACAUUGGACCACCCCACACAUCGCACUGCCUCGUGUGCAUGUGUGUGUGUGUCGCCUGUCCCAUACUCGAGGGCACUCGCAUCCACGCCACUGGGUCCUCAUAACAUGGUGGGGGGUAUGUGAUGCCGGUAAGUAUGCGGCAAGGAAACACACGCACUGCAGUGGGCAAGUGUGAAGCGUCAUAGCAUUGGAUGGCCUCCACUGUCGA